ACCUGGGGGUGUGUUUCUUUCGGCCGGGAGGGCUGCCACGCUAAAAAGUUUCAUGUUCCAUCCAGCACAAAUUAUUACGAGGUAGCUUCAGUCCAGGCCAGUCACGCUGCAGGCCUCCGAAGCUUCAAUUCCGAUAGCAAAAGAAAAAGAAAAGAAAAUACGAAAACUCCUCUCGCUCAGUUGAAACGUCCGAACUGGGCUAUCAUGGCCCUCAAUCCUCCCUCGAAGCGCAAGUCUGCCUUUCCGGGCCAGGGCCACCAGAACAACAACACCGCGGCUUCCCGCAAGCGUGCAAAGACUUACGAUGCCCGAUCCCUAGCCGUGCAGUCGUCUGAAGCUGCACUCUCUGCAACAGGAGAGCUCGAUGUUGCUGCUUAUCUUGCCGCUCGAGAAUUUGAAAUCCGUUCCCUGGAGUCAGGUAUUCAGCGCUCAAAGGGUGCGCUUACCAGUCGUGCGUUCCAAGGAGUGCCUCGAUCGCUGAGAAGGCGGACGGCGAGUCAUAAUGUGAAGAGGGUUCCAAGGAGGUUGAGGGCAAGGGCGAAGAGAGAGAUGAUCGAGGAUAACACCCCCACCGUAACGGCUCGACGACGAAAACCGACAGAGAUAAUGCGUAUUCGUCUCGAAACCGCCAGACGUCUGCAGAACCUCAACGCGAAGACCAAAGCUAAGCGAGCUGCCUUGAAGGCAAAGCGUGGUAAAGAGGAACAAAAAUCGUUAGAAGAAGCUGGUGGCCACGCGUUCGAUAUCGCCCCGAGAGUCCCUAAGAUCAAGAAGAACAAGCUUUCGCGACCCCCGGCGCCAGAGUCGAAAUAUAGGAAGCGGCAGCGCUGCAAGACCUGGCUUCCAACGCACUUGUUUCAUGCGAAACGUGCGCACAUGACGACUACGAAGGAUCCUUUGUGGAGGUUUGCAUUGCCUUUGUCUCCGACUGAGAAAAGUUACAGGUCUACUCAUCGAGCUAGGGGAGCUAGGGGAGCGGUGGCAUGGGAUAUGAGCUAUGUGUCUACAAUUCAGUUGGAGGGUACUGAGGCAGCGUUAGAAAGCGUGCUGAGGGCUGUCGGCGUUAACGGGGAUGACGCGUGGGGUGUUAAGGGAAGAAAAUGGAGGGCUGGAGUGAGAAGCUUGCGAGCUUGGGCUGUCGAACAUGACGGUCAGCGGAAGCCUAUUGCGCCGAUUACAUUGAUUCGAUGUGCUCAGCGCGUGGUAGAGGACGUGGAAAUGGUUGAUAUUGAUGACGAUGGGAAUACCGCCCAAGGCAAGAAGAAGCAGAAGCAGAAGCACAAGGAUAGAACCAAAGUGUUCAUUAGGGUCCACCCAUCUGCGUUCUUACAGCUGUGGAAUGAGCUCCUGGGCAUUUCGAAAAGGCAGAGUCCACCGGUAAUGGUUGAGGAUCUUCGCUUUGAGAUAGGCAGCAUCGACGUCACGGGCCCGGGGUCUACAGAAGCGCUGAUUUCGGCUUUGAGUCCAUUGGCAACGAACGACAAGGAAAUCCCCGUAGGCAGUACAGAAGCCACAUGGAACUCCCUGUUAGGGGUCUCGAACCCUUCAUCGCUACCCCAAAAUGCUCUGUUGGCAUUCUCUAUAUCCGAUCCCCGUCUUCACUUCCCGCCUCAAACACUCAAGCCUCCAUCUUCUGAAAAGCAGAUCCAAGACUUAGCCAUGCUACUCUCUUCUUGGCCUCCAGACAAAACCCAAACAACUCCGCCAGAUCUCUUCGACCGUCCCACCCGCUUAGCUGCUACCCGCCAACUACCUAGCCAGAAGGCUAUCAACCGACGACGAACCCAGGCUGGAGUGGGGAAGCACCCUUCUCCAGAACCUUCAGAUCCUCAAAUCCCAGUCAUAAUCCUUGCCACUCGCAGUAGCUCCCAGGCGAAGAACAGCAAUGCCCCAGGGACUUGGACUGUUCUUCUCCCCUGGAAGUGUGUACUCCCCGUAUGGUAUUCCCUAAUGUACUAUCCGCUUUCCAGCGGAGGGAAACUGAGAUUCGGGGGCUUGAAAGAGCAGCAGCAGCUUGCCUUUGAAGCUGGAGAGCCAUGGUUCCCGGGGGAUUUCCCAGGCACCCAGGCCGGCUGGGAAUGGGGAUUACGUGAACAGGAAAAGGCCAAGCAGGAAUGGGAGCGGAGACCGAAAGGACGAAGGGUUGAAUUUGACACCCUUGAUCUAGGAAACGGCCAGAAGGGCGAGUUCGGGCGCGGCUGGGCUUGCGAUUGGGAGCGGUUGAUCAGCCCAACUAAUAAUGAGCCUGUCGUCAAAGGUCAGGAUACCAGCAAGGAGAUCAACGAAGUCUCCAAAUCUGAUAGCAAGACGGACGGAGAACCCCCUGCGGACGUUAGCCUUGGCCUCCCAUUGAAUAUCCACCAGCUCCCUACUUCUCAGGCAACCCUGGCAAUCAGCACAAAUAACAACCCCUCCUCACUUGCAAGUGUGAAGAUCUCACUCCAAGCCCGAGGCAGUCCAACCCCGCGAGCCCGUAUCUAUCGGCUCCCAACAAACAACCCAGACCUCCGCCAGAGAUGGAUCGCCCUAGCAUCCAAACAACCAUCUAGCAAACAAAAGGAAAAGGACAGAGAGCGAAUAACAAGCGUGGGCAAAAAAGAAGACGAAGCAGACGCUAGACAGCGUCUCGCUGCGUCGCUCUUGACCCCCGUCUCAGAUGAGUGCCCAGAGCACUUAGCUCUGCCGGGCGAGGAAGAUCUCAUUGGAUUUAUCACGACGGGGAACUAUAAUCUGUCUGAGGGUAAGGGAACCGGGAUUGGCUCGAUCCAGGUCUCAAAGGUUAGUGGUCCAGUCCCGGGUCUGGGGAAGAAAAAAUCCUCCUCCAAGGCGCAAGAGAGAGAAAAGCAUAUGUGUAUUGUUCGAGGAGCUGGGGAGACGAUUGGGCGGCUGGGGUCUUGGGAGCUUGUUUGAGUUUUUAUAUCUUUGUGAUACCCGGUAGGUAGAGUUACUCACUAUAGUAGACUUGGGCAGUUGUGUAAAUUGUAUGUCCUCUAUUGGGGCUUACCUUCUAAGAGAGAACUUGACAAUGUAUACAUAUUCUAAAUGGAAAUGAGCAUUGAACUGACACAAUGUAAGUAGAUAGUAGUAGGUAUACACAUGCACGACAGCACAACAGCAUGAUAGCACGACACAGAAUCCAACGAGUCUAUUUUAU